CCUGUGCAACAGACAGGUGUGAAUUGGCAUCCCCUCAGACUCCGAAUAUUCACAUUUUACAGGUGAGGUGUUUUAUGCACUUUACAAUCAGGUCAGUGCAUUUUGGGGAUGAAGUUCCUCGUAUAACAGUUUCUCUUGUUUAUCAAAGGAAAAUCAGCACUGUAUAUUAUACAGGAAUUAUCUUGUUGUUUCAUUUGAUACGGCUCUGAAGAACCAGUUGACAUGUGUGGAAGGAACGUGGACCUGUCAAACGAAGGGAGCGGGUGUGUCAACCAGUUUGGUGGGGUGUUUCUGAACGGGAGGCCGCUUCCAGCAUAUAAAAGGAGGAAGAUGAUCGAGCUGGCAUCGGAAGGUGUUCGCCCAUGCGAGAUCUCCAGAAUUCUGCAGGUGUCAAAUGGCUGCGUCAGCAAGAUUUUGAGCAGGUACCACAAAACCGGCCUCCUGGACCCAAAGGCGACCGGAGGGAGUAGACCUCGACUCCUCACCCCCGAAGUCAUCUCGAAAAUAAUCGAAUGCAAGACGAAAAACCCAACAAUAUUCGCCUGGGAAAUCAGAAAAAAGCUCGCGGCCGAAAGAAUCUGUAAAUCGGCCAAAGUUCCCAGUGUGUCCUCUGUAAACCGAAUCCUAAGGAAAAUUCAACUCGACUCUGCGAUGUUGAGUGUGGAGAUUUCUGCGCACCACCCCAGACACCCAGGUCUUCUAGUGGAGACCCCAACGCAGUCAGUAGUGAAGGAGAAGGAGGAGAUGGAGACAGUUGAGGUGAACGAGCUCCAACCUCCCGGGCCCCAGCAUCGCAACCGCACCACCUUCACCCUGGAGCAGUGCAGAGCCUUAGAGCAAGAAUUCACACGGAGCCACUAUGCAGACACGUUCACCAGGGAAAAACUGGCAUCUGAGAUCCAACUUCCAGAGGACACCAUCAAGGUGUGGUUCUCAAACAGAAGAGCAAAAUGGAGGAGGGAAGCCAAAUAUAAGAGCAGUGUCCACGGAGCACAUACUUCAUUUCUGAUGAACCAAAAGAACAAAGAUUUCCCUUCAGUGAAUUCGAUGACAACAUCCAACUCUAUGACUCAACAGACUCACUGGAGGCAGAGGGAGAGUUUGGGAGUACAGUUUGACACUUCAUGCUCAGAAAUCUCCCAGAGAUAUGGUCCAGCUACUACAAUAGAGAGAGGUAUAGGAGGAACAGAAGUGUUGGGCUAUAGAGGCAUCUCCAUUCAGCUUCCAUCCUCAUCAUCUCAAUACUCAGGCAGCACCACGUUCCCAUUGGUCCAUCCCCAGGACGAGAGGACUCCAUUGGCUCACCAUGCAGAGAGAUUCCUUUUCCCAUUGGCUCAUCAUUACACAGACGUGAGGACAGUCUUCCCGUUGGCUCAUCAGACUGAGAGGAUGGGACAUUCACUGAACUAUCAUUGGGAUGAUGGGUCAGAUUUCCCAUUGGCUCAUCACCAAACAGAUGAAAGGUUUCUAUUGGCUCAUCACAGGGAGAGGACUGGUGGUCCAUCGCUUAUUUGACAGAAUGUGUCUCCCCUUUUCUCGCAUCAGUGAAUGUCAGAGCCAAACAUUCACACACACACACUCACACUCUCUCACACACACACACACACACACCUCUAUGGCUCUGCUGAUUCCUACUGGGCAGGGUAUGCAACAGAGUCAGUACAGAGACAUUCUAAUCGUGACCUAAUGUGUUUAAAAUUACAUUUCUACAGGCUAUUGCAACAUAUCUCAGUGAAAUUGAUGAGUUUUUCUGUUUUGAAAAGUAUUUUCAGUAAUAAAA